CUUUCCGCACGAACCGUGUUUAGUGCAACACUUUGACAACAGCGGCUGCUGAUACAGAAAUGUGGAAGAAACUGUAUUAAAGAUUGAUCAGGAUUGUGUGUACAGUCAGUGAAGUUUAAGAUUCCACGGGUGAACGUACAUGAGCGACAUGUCUGCGGGAAAGAAAGGAAGCGUGAUCUUCUCUGGAUUCAGGGCGCUGGGACUUUACUCUAAUCAUCUGGCGCACGUGCUUCGCUUCCAUAAGAAACACAGAGAGUUCUAUGUGCUCACUGCAGUCGGACAGUGUUUCCACACCUAUAAUGUGAAGAAACUUGGAAUCGUUGCAGUCAGUAAUGCCCUCCCAGAAGACAUUUCAUCCCUGGCGGCAGAUCGUAUGCUUGUCUAUGCUGCAUUUGGAAAACUUAUAUCUGCUUUUGCAAAAAACAAAGAGGUUGUUCACACAUACACAGGCCAUCAAGCUGAUGUGCACUUACUGUUGCCUUUCGGAGAUCAUCUGAUUUCUGUUGACAAGGACAAUGUUGUCAUUAUUUGGGAUGUGGAGUCUGAGGACACAUAUCUGCAGAUUUCAUAUGACAAAGCAUCAUUUGAAGUCUCUGCUUUGAUGCAUCCGAGCACCUACCUGAACAAAAUCCUGUUUGGAAGCAGUCAAGGGAGUCUUCAGUUAUGGAACAUCAAAUCAAACAAACUCUUGUUCACAUUUCCUGGAUGGGCAUCUGCUGUUACUGUUCUUCAACAGACUCCAGCUGUAGAUGUUGUGGGUGUGGGUUUAGCAUCUGGGCAGAUCAUCAUUCACAAUAUCAGAUUCGAUGAAACGCUGAUGAAGUUCCAACAAGACUGGGGUCCAGUCACAGCUUUAUCCUUCAGGACAGAUGGACAUCCAAUAAUGGCUUCUGGAAGUCCUAUUGGACACAUAGGUCUGUGGGAUUUAGAGGAGAAGAAAUUUGUCACUCAGAUGCGAAAUGCUCAUACAACAGCCAUCGCUGGCCUCACGUUUCUUCAAAACGAACCCCUCCUGAUCACCAAUGGAGCAGACAAUGCCAUACGGGUGUGGAUUUUUGAUGUUGCCGGAGGGGACGGCCGUCUGCUAAGACAGCGGACUGGUCACAGCGCCCCACCAACAAAGAUUCAGCACCACGACCAGAGCAGCUUAAACAUUCUUAGUGCAGGUCAAGAUGGUACUUUGCAGUCAUUUUCAACUGUUCAUGAAAGAUUCAACAAGAGUUUGGGGCACGGCACCCUCAACAAAACAAGAGCAAAAAAGAAAGGUGUGAGGAAUGACACGGCAAAACUUCCAGCCAUCACAACUUUUGCCUCAGAAACUGCUCGUCAGAGUGACUGGGAUGGCAUUAUUGCAUGCCACCGUGGUUUCCUUGUGACUACGACAUGGAACUACCAGAGAGGUUCGAUUGGUGCUCACAAGCUGGAACCUGAACGCUUCAACAAGAACCGUAGCCUCAAUGUCCAUGCAACUGCUGUUGAUAUCACAUCCUGCGGGAACUUUGCAGUGAUUGCACUGUCUUCGGGACACAUUGAUGUGUACAACAUGCAGUCUGGUUUUCAUCGAGGGCAUUAUGGGAAGGACAAGGCACAUGCAGGGGCUGUUCGCGGGCUCUCUGUGGAUGCUCUGAACCAGUUGACAGUUAGUGUGGGAGCAGAUCGCCUUCUGAAAAUCUGGAGGUUCAGAUCCAAGGAGCUGUUACACACACACAGCCUGCCAGCUGCCCCGGCGUCAUCUCUGCUUCACAGGGACAGCGGAAUGCUCGCCAUCGCUCUGGAUGAUUUUACCAUUCACAUUCUAGACAUGGAGACAAGGAGGACUGUCCGCAGAUUCUCUGGACACCGUGGGCAGAUCAACGACAUGACAUUUAGUCCAGAUGGACGUUGGCUGAUUACAGCGUCUAUGGACUGCACCAUCAGAACAUGGGAUCUUCCAUCUGGCAGUUUGGUCGACUGUUUCCUGGUAGACGCAGCAGCCGUCAGUCUCAGUAUGUCCCCUACCGGGAACUUCCUGGCCUCUUCGCACGUUGAUGGUCUAGGUAUUUACUUAUGGUCCAACAACACACUGUGCAGUCUGGUGUCAUUGCGCCCUCUACCUGCAGACUAUGAGCCGACUGUGAUCAUGCUGCCAGGCACCUGCCCAAGCAGAGAUACAGAAGAGGAGGAAGUUUUAGAUGCUGACAGCUCUGAGAUGGCUGAGUACAUUUCACCAGCACAGCUGGAUGAACAUCUGAUCACACUCUCUCUGCUUCCUGACUCACGCUGGAAGAACCUGCUGCAUCUGGACAUCAUCAAGAAAAAGAACAAACCCAAAGAGCCUCCAAAAUUGCCCAAAGCUGCACCCUUCUUCAUUCCCACCAUUCCAGGGCUGGUGCCCCAGUUUGCACUACCCAGCACACCCUCAGAGGACCAGUCUAAAAUUGUCAACUUGGGAGUGUUGGCACAGAAGUCCACCUUCUACCUUCAGCUUGAGAACGCUUUAGACAGCAACUCAUAUGAGGAGCCAGUAAAGCUGUUGAGAGAGUUAGGCCCCUCUGCCAUUGAAACAGAACUUCGGGCCCUGUCACCAGAUAUGGGUGGAGAUGUCAGAGUUAUGCAGAGCUUCCUCAAGAUGAUCAGCAGCAUUCUUCAGUCCAAAAGAGAUUUCGACCUGGCUCAAGCCUACCUAGCAUUGUUCCUUAAGCUCCAUCUUCGGUUCAUCGCAGACCAGCCCGAACUGAUGGAGGAGGCAGAAAGCGUGUCGGCACACCUGGAGGAGACAUGGAUGUCCAUGCAGAUGCUACUAAAUCAGAACAUUUGUCUGUUGUCUUAUAUCAAGAGUGCACUACUGUAAAGCACAUCUCUCCAUCACAGACCUCCUUUUGCUUUUCUGAGAUGUUGUUGACUGUUUGUAUCAGACUAAAUGUUCUUGCGCUUUUUUGUUAAAACAA